GGACCUUUUACGCGUGACUUGCUCGUACACUCGUGACUCCCACACUUGUGACUCGUCAGCAGAACCAAAAGUCAUUCAGAGGCCUGUCCUCCAACAUCACAACACGACUGAUCCGCAACGAAGCGCUCCUUAGCCGCGUAAGGCUGUUCAAGCCACUGUGCGAGAGCUGCUUGCUCCUUGCCCUCGACCUAUACUGCUCGCGGUCCGUUCGGCAACGGAGCCUCGCGCAAAGGCUGCCGCAAGGCGUCAUUCCCAAAACGACGCUAACUCAAAGCUCACCUGGAGUACACCAUCCAGUAGACAUUCGAUGAUGACAAGCGUCACUGAUCAAUAACACUCUCUCGACGAUCUUUCUUCGCCAUGAGCACGCGAUCUUCAAGACGGACCAACCCGGCUUCGACAAGCCAGCAAGCGGAACAGGGUACAAGUUUGGCCAAUCGAUCAUCGGCUCGAGCGGAAAGCGUCAGAAGUCGAGCUUCAUCCUCACGCAAUCGCGCGGAUAGCGUCGCUUCGAGCGUCUCUACUGUGCGGCCCAGGUCGAGGAGGAUUCAAGAGGGCCCGACCGCGUCCAAGCGGCAAGCGGAAGUCAAAGGUGUGGACGGUCUGAAGAUCGAAGAUGAAAUUCUCCUCGAAGAGGAUGAGAGGAACUUUGAUGGUGAAGGAGUGGAGAUGGACGUGCAAGUUGUAGAGACGCCACGACCACGAGGGACGCGAGCGCCACGCCCUACGAACGUUGUGCCGAGCAGCUUCGCACAGGAUGCCGCCAGCUCGCCAAGCUCCGUGAGGGGAGGUGUCGGGCCUCAAAUUCACGUGUUCGGCAGCUCAAGUGUGCGGUCCGUGGAACAGGGAGCUAGCCGCUUGUCGGAUGGCCGAUUAGGACCUCCAUCAAGCCAGCACGAAGUAGUCGCAUCUCCGCGCACCGACGGUGGUGCGCCAGCAACCUAUGCUCUGGGUCGACCACGCAUGAGUUCCGAGAUCCCUCGAGCAGCGAGACACACGUCUGUAGGAGUGAUGGCAGCACCAGAUCGUAUUCCCCGCAGAAGACAAGUUUCUGCCCUGACAUCAGGCGCCGAACUUCAGGAGCUCAUGCGGAGUGGAAGAUUGAGCGACAGCACCUCGGGCCCCAAUACAGUUUCCUUCCUGUCAGAUGCCAGAGGUGGCGACGCGUUCAGGCGCGGUUCUAUCAGUACGAGAAAGAGCAGCGUAGGACCUCGCCUUCGACCCAGCCUUAUGAAGUCAGAUGGACAGGUCCACGAACCAUCGUUGGCUCAGCGAAGCAACAUGCUCGCUGGCAAUGCGCAAGGCGUCCUGAACUUCUACGCAGAAGUCAUGCGCGACGGUUUCACCGAUGAAUCGGUCGCCGCAAUGCGCAGAAAUUGGGAACCAUUCCAAUCAUACAAAAUGAACAAGCUCAUGGCAGAGGCUCAAUAUCCAAGUCACUUCAUCGAUGAACGAGCCAUGCUGCUAGCUAACGACAUCACCGAUGCCUCUUCUGAGUUUGGCGAAGCACUACGGCUGGCAAAUUGCGCCACUUUUGUUCACUACGUGUACAGUAUUCCUGCGGAUGCUACUCCCGCAGCUUUGAACCAGGGAUACUAUCCCCAUCGAUCGCUUUCCGAGCUGCUAGAUGCCGGCAGAAUCUUUUUAGCUUGGAUCGUCCCGCCCGACACGCCCUACUCCGACGACAUUUUGGCAAUGCAGGUCGAUCUGUGCACCCAAGUCUAUUUUGCUCGUCGAAGAGCUGAUCGGCAAGUCCAACUGUCCGCACGCAAAAGGGCGGUGGACCAUCGAAACGAAGUCUUUUCUCCAGAGACAAUCAGGAAGAGCUUGUUGCGAGCCGCAGCUUAUAGGCAAAUAUCUCCUGACGACUUAGCCUUGAUCGUUGAGCGAUUCGCUGUCCUUGCCGAUGCCCGAAAGUACCAGAUCCUGCAAAUGGACGACGAGGUCGAGUCUAUGGCUGCCCACUGGAGCGUGACCCAAACAGCAUCGGACUUUGCACGCUUCAUCGAGCUCGCGCUGCAGGCGUAUCGCCCUGUGGCGCCCUGCUCCUCGUCCGUCGAGGAUUUGCUCGAGACUGCUCAGCUGGAGAACGAAACUGGGAUCGACGAUAGCGAGCUGCAAAUCGAGCGCGAUCUGGCCGGAAAUGGUUCGAUGGUGGUGCUGGACGACGUGGCUGAAGAAGACGAAUUGGAGUCUGAGGUCUUCGAGGAUGAGGACGAGGAUGGCGCAGAUUUGAGAGGCAGCGUCGUUCGUGCUACUGGCAUCGCAGAGGAAUCAAGUACACCCACAGAGAGACAACGGUGGCUUCGAGAAGCAGCAGAAGCCGAAAAAAGCACCGAAAUCCGUGAUGUCUCGACCAUCCUUGCUUCUACGACGCCGAGGCAGCGUCGUUCGUGGCUUCGCGACGCCGUUGCGGCCGAAAGCACGCCAGAACCAUCAAAUGCACUCUCUUCCGCUGCUAGGCAGCGCAUCCUCGCUGAGAUGGCACUCAACGAAGUCAGUGCCAUGGCCGCAGAUGCGUCUCCGCAGCCGGCUAGAGAGCCCCUCGCUGAGCGCGUUGCACCUCCAGCAGCAACGCCUCAUAGGCCUUCUGCACUCAACGCGCGCAGUAUCAUGGCAGGUCUUCGCUCGGCUCGAAGGUCUGUUAGCAUCCAACCUGGCGCACAGCAAACGCCAGCACCUGCGACAGUCAGGCUUCCACCACCACGCUCAGGCCUCAGAAGCCAGAUCGCCGCUGUAGAAGUACCACAGGCCGAGGCGAGCUCUAGCAGCGGUCGUUUCCACUUCGAUUCGCAGAACCGUAUCAGGAGGACGAACGAACCUGCUCAUGAAGGCUUACUUGCCAACAGACGCGGGCAAGGAGAAAGAAUGGAACGUUUCGACGAGGAUGAAGAUGGCGAUGCGUUCUUGCAAGAUCAAGUCGGUCUGAAAGGAAAGGGCAAACGCAAGGGCCGCAAGCGACCUGAGAAAACGAGGGCGACGCAAGGCGUGGAUGACGCUGACCUCGGUAGUGCUCCCGCAGAGAAAGCGUCCGGUGCGGCAUCUGUCGCGACAAGAAGGACGCGAGCUCAAGCCCGAGCACUUGAGGAACCAGUCGCUGCCGCUACAGCGGCUGGAGAGGACUUGGGCAGCAUGCCGCCUGAUGACGAGAUGCCAGAUUUGGAUGAGGUCGGUCGAGACCAACUUCCGCCGGACGAAGGCCUCAAUGUGCACGGCGCAGAUCCAGAGGUGCUUCUCGAUGAUCGCAAUGCGGACAACGUGGAUCUCGCAGAUGUGAGCGCCGGUGCUUCGCCGCUUCGACGUCCAAUUCGCAGGUCUGGGGUGCCGCCGAUCAGACCGAACGUAGAACAAGACUUUGAACAUCUGGACGACCUGGAACAGCAAAAUCGUCAAAUCGCAGAGGAUCGCAAGCGCAAGCGCAAAGGAUAUCUGCACUUCCGUCUACUCGGCACCCCCUCAAGCGCGCAGGAACCGUUGCCUGAGACGACAUCUUCUGAUGACGACGAGAUCGUCGAGGAGCCUUUGCCGGCGCGAGGAGGGAGAGGUGCAGUGCUGAACCCUUCUAAGCGGCCCCGCAAUCACAUGAAUAGAGAAGAAAAUGAGCGUCUAGGAGCUGCUUCAGAUGUUGCAGAAACCAACGUAGCAAAAGCUACCCGAAGCAAAACGCGAAGGAGUGCUAGGUCGGAGCAGGACAGCACCUCUGAAUCUCCACGCCAGACACGCUCAAGAGCAUCCACGCGAUCUCGCAGGGCAGCGCAAACAGUCAACGACGAGAACGUGCCGGCAGAUAAUGCAGAAGCGAGCGAGGAGGAGGAGGAGCAUGAGGAGAUGGACGAGCUGCUAGAAGUGCGACGACCACGAGCUUCCUCUGUACGAUACAAGCCCAAAAAGAACGCAGAGAUCUACAAGACGGGCGGGAAUGCUAAGGGCAGACAGUUGUGGUCGGAUGAAGAGACGAGAGUGUUGCAAUCUGCGCUGCGUCGAUUUGCUAGAAGGAAGAUCAAAAAUUCCCAUGCGCUCGUGUAUCGCGAUGUCCUGCUUGCGCAUGGGAAAACUGGAGAUAGGAAGCUGGCGAGAUGGAACAAUGUGCAGCUCAAAGAUAAGGCUAGAAACGAGCUACUACGCAUGAGACGCGAAGGAGAAAUGAUUCCGUACUGGAGAGCUCUGCUAUUUCCCAACCUCUGGGAAGAAAAGAAAGUACCCAACGCUGAGGCGCCUCCUGAUUCUGAGGACGAGUCGGACGACAUUGAGGAAGAUGAGGACGAGGAUGAGGAAGACGAAGCGGAUACUGAUCAGCACGAGAGCGCAGAGGAUGCGACUGGUGCGGAAGAGGCAGAUGAAGAUGUGGGAGAAGUGGAAAAUGCGCUCUCUUGAGUCGUGCGUGUAUCGGCUAGUGGGCAUCCGUCACUGUACGGCCGAUAGGCGUCGAUGUUGAGCGCAUCGAAAGUCUUACUCUCUCGGUAUCGAGUCUCGGAUGUACCUUCACGUAUCGGUCACGCCUUACACUUUGCCAUGUUUUUACUGUUGAGCUUGCCGCGGUAGCCUAAUCGACAAUUCCUAG